UAUUAGGGACUUUACGUCCAAGAUGGCGGCCUUCUGUGUAUGAGGAAACUGCCAAAACAACUGGGCUUUCAAUCGUCCGUUCGCCCAAUGGAAGCGGGAUUGCACUUUAAACGUGGACUACAACUGGUCUACCAAGAAUAAAAAAAUAGACGCCUCAAAAAGGAACUGAUCAGGCGAGGAUGGCCCUAUUUGACAGGAUACGAAAAGAAUGGUUUAUAAUCGGGAUAGUGCUCGUGAUCACGUUUGCCAAGCUGGAGCCCUCGAUUGGGGUGAAAGGAGGACCCUUGAAACCAGAGGUCACCGUCACAUACAUUGCUGUUUCCGCCAUAUUCUUCAACAGUGGGCUCUCCCUAAAAACAGAGGAGCUGACCAGUGCUCUGAUGCAUGUGAGACUCCACCUCUUUGUGCAGAUCUUCACGCUUACCUUCUUCCCAGUCGCUGUGUGGCUGUUCCUCAAGCUUCUGGCAUUAACUUCCAUUAAUGAGUGGCUGCUCAAAGGUCUGCAGACGGUCGGUUGCAUGCCUCCGCCUGUUUCGUCAGCUGUCAUCUUGACCAAAGCAGUUGGAGGGAAUGAGGCUGCUGCUAUAUUCAAUUCUGCCUUUGGAAGUUUCUUGGGCAUUGUGGUGACACCUCUGCUGCUGCUGCUGUUUCUGGGCUCCUCCUCCUCCGUGCCCUUUACCUCCAUUUUCUCGCAGCUCUUCAUGACGGUGGUGGUUCCACUGAUCGUGGGCCAGGUCUGCCGGCGCUUUGUCAAGGACUGGCUGGAGAGGAGGAAGCUACCAUUUGGCGCAAUCAGCAGCUGUGUGCUGCUCAUGAUUAUCUACACAACCUUCUGCGACACCUUCUCAAACCCAGGCAUUCAGCUGGACCGCUUCAGCCUCGUGCUGGUGGUCUUCAUCAUUUUAUCCAUCCAGCUGAGCUUCAUGCUGCUCACAUUCGUCAUCACAACAAGAAAGAACUCUGGAUUCACACCUGCGGACACAGUGGCCGUUAUGUUUUGUUCUACACACAAAUCACUGACCUUAGGGAUUCCCAUGCUGAAGAUUGUGUUUGAGGGUUUUGAACACCUCUCUCUCAUCUCUGUGCCUUUACUCAUCUACCACCCUGCCCAGAUCCUCCUGGGUAGUGUCUUGGUCCCAACCAUCAAGUCCUGGAUGAUCACCAGACAAAGACCAACUGUUUUAUUGAGAUAGGAAUGUUUUCCAGCACUACAAGAAGCAUUGUGCUGUACAAUUAACGAAGCUGCAGCCCAUCUGACAGAAGAUACCUUCUCGCACAAGCCGAACCAACGGUCUGACCCAAAGCGGCCUAAUCCUAAACCUGCCACCGCCUUGCCUCCGAGCGGAAGUGGGUACCGCUGCUCAAGUGCCUUCUCCCGACCCUCUGGGACACCUCUCACCUCACCUUGGCCUGGCUAGGCUGUUCGAUGACAAACUCUCUCACUUCCUGCAGUUAUGAAACACAUCUUUUUGAUAUCAUAUGCUCAUGUAUGAGUGAUGGGCAACAGUGAAGUGUCUGAUGAGCCCGUACUGUGAACUAACUAGUGGCUCAACACCAAUCGCUUUCACCGUCCUCGGCGCUCUGAUUGAGACAGACUUGUGGCAGGGGAUUUUUUUUAUACCCUUUCUUCUUUUUUUCAUUUUCUACUUUUUUGUCUCUAUAUGACAAUCUCUUCAUCUGUAAAACCAUCACAUCACAUGCAGUUCCUCGCUGGUUCAUGUGACAUUUGGUGGCUUUUGAAAGCUGCAGGCUGGAUGUCUGUGACUGGUCACACCAUGAGCAGACGGUUGUCCCCGUUUGUGAUGCGUUAUUCUGGCUCCUUCUUUUUCCUCAGAAAUUCUGUGACCCUUAAACAAAGCUGCCUGCGACUGGUAAAACAUAUCAAUUCGCUGUUCAAAUAACCCAAACCCUCCCAUAAAAAUUCAAAAUUGGUUCAAAUAAAAGUUUGUUACCCCACAUAGCUUUGCACAGCUCACUGAAUGUAGCAGGAGUUGUUCUAGAGCUCAGGAUGGGAGGACAGAAGGUGUGUCACCUGCCUUUAGUCACUGUAUUUAUAACCUGCUGCACCAGAGCAGCUGGACAUUCCUCCCUACAGCUCUCAGACACGUGAGUCCCUUCGCAUUAAGCAGCAGUAGCAUUAGUGUGUCCCAUUAGAGGUUGCAGCACAGAGGCGAGAGGGAACGCGGCUCAGUGAAAACGGCACUGUGGUACACAGUGUGCCUCCUCACACACUGUUUUAACAACCCCAGGUCAGGAACACUGAGCCUGGAAAAGUGACAUUGUGAUGUUUCUCGUGUCCUUCCGUACAGCUUGUAAUGCCACCUAUUUACUGAAUGAGGCUGUGUUUGUGUAUAAGGCCUCCAGCAACUGUAUGGUCUUCAUCAUGUGAAGAAUGUCAGUCUUUUAUGCAGAAAAAUAAUAGUAAUACUGCUGUAGUGCUAUUAACAUUUAGUAUUCCUAAUUACCAUCUGUUAAAAUAAGCCCAAGUUAUAAGCAUAAAAUUUACCCUGUUUCCACCUUAAAUAUUUGCUCAUCCAGCUUGGGAAGAGAGACAGAAUACAUAGUAUUAUGUAAAAGUAAAGAUGAGUUCUGGUGUUGUUUAGACCUCAGAACGGUUUGCUUUUGAUUGGCACACAAUUCUCUCCUAUUUUCUUUUUUAUAAAAUGUCACAGCCAGAUGAACCUUUUCUUUUUGGGCUGAAAGGACAUCCAUCAUGUAAAUCCAGUUGUUCAGGUGACAGAUGGAAAAAGUCACUUUGCUCUAUUACAUUUUUGCUGUAUAAAGACUACUGCAGAUAAAUAUCAUAACACUGUGAAAAUGCUACCUUUUUUUGAAGAAGAGGACCAGUCUUUGACCUGUCUGUUAAUAUCUAUAUGUGUAUCUGUAUGUAUUUCCCCCAAGGCCACUGUUCAUUGCAGGGAGUACGUGACCAAACAGCCUCCACCAAGCACCUGCCUUAUUUUUUGCCUUUUUUAAAAUUUGUUUAAUUCUUAAUACAUGUGGAUGUUUUGCCUCAGUUUCUCAGCUGAGCCCUGCAGGGGUGCCAUACCCCCCACCGAUUCCAUUUGAACAAGUUAGUAUAAUUAUUUCAUAAGAAGUCUGUCAGGUUUAAACUUCUUUUGUGCCGUUAGUUUUUUAAGACCAGGGAGGGUCGGGUUCAAUGGAGGAGCAGUGGUCCAGCCUGGCGACGAAAGAUAAGCGUGAAAGUCUGCAUCCAAGAAGGCCCUUCCGUGUCCAUGCAGCGACCGGUGGGCGAUGGGAUAGACUCGUCGCACCUCUCCUGCAAGGGGCGCUCUCGUGCACAGCGUGUCUGUGCACAGGUGAAAAACGCUUGGUUUGCGCUCCGUUUACAAGUAAGGAUCUCUGGGCUCCACCUGUAUGUGGUGUCAUGGUGCUCGUUGGAAAAAGACACUUAUUAAAUGUUCCCCUCUAAUUCACAGUGCUGGUUCUGCAAGGAUGAUUCAGUUAAACACCGGUGCCAACAGGCCUGUUUGGGCUUUUAUGUGUUUUUACGCUUUCAUGACACCGUCUAUUCAAGGAAUCAGCUUUUUGGAUCCACCUUGAACUUGCACUUCCCAUUUGACUGUUUGUGUAAAAACAUUCCUGCUAAUACAUUCCUCGUCUGUAAGCCCGUCUUAAAGAAUUCACAAUCCUACACUUCACACCUUAUUCUUCAGAGGGGCUCGGUGAAAAGUCAUUUCUUCUAUGUAUGUUUGUUUGUUUGUAUGUUCCUGAACGGACAAUGUACUUCCAGGAGACUCAUAUGAGCGGUUGUUUUUGCACUAAGCCACAGAAAAGUGUUACUUUGGCUGCUAGUGUGUGUGACAGAAACUCAGUGUUUAUUUGGUCACGCACAUACGUCUUUCUCACCAGUACUGCAAAACUUCUAAGGAUGGAAAGAUUUAGAAUGUACUGUUUAAGAACAUAAAAGGCCGCAGCCACCAGCUAGUUUCUACUGUAAUUAUGAAUUACAGAUAUAAAAUGUGGCUUAUUUCCUGAUUAUGGAUGUUCCCGAGUUUCACCCAAAUGCUCAAACCAAAAGACCCCAUGGACUC